AUGGCCCUCUCCGACGGUAACUAUCUCAUUCGCGUUGUACCUACAAACAUAUCCUGGCCUUUUGCUCGUGGAAAUUACGCAACCCGAGGCGAUAUCAGCGCUCCUAUCACUGUACAGGCGCAGAUUACAACUGACAAUUCGAAUCAAAUUUGGGGUGUUCGUGCUGAUUCUUCAAGCCCUAACACGUACAAAAUCACCCAACCAACUAAUCCAAACAUACACAUUGGCCCAGUCAUCGGAGGAUUCGGAUUAGACAAUUCCGGUAGGGAUGUCAUCUAUAGCAGGACAAUCGUAGACUGGGUUCUCACCCAGGUUGACGCAUCCGCCAACACCUACAUCAUAGAACAACAAUCUCAUGAAAUCGGUUCAAUCAACGCUGUUACAGUUAGCAAUGCACAUCUCGUGGUUCAGCAAAUUGGACUUGGGGACAACAAGAGUCCGUUACCUCAGUGGCAAUUCAUUAGCCAGGACGACUUGGACUGA